AAUGGCUACUUCUUCCUUAAUACCUCCUCUUCUUCUUCUUCUUCUUCUUUCACUCUUGUCAUUAUCAGUUAGUGCAUUGAAUUCCCCUAAACCCCUUGCCUUCAUUCUUCCCAUCAAGAAAGACCAAAAAAUUCUUCAGUACUCCGCUUCCAUCACCAUGGGAACCCCUCCAGUGACCUUAGAUUUGGUCAUUGACAUCAGAGAACGUUUCCUCUGGUUCGAGUGUGACAACCACUACAAUUCAUCAACCUACCGCCCUGUGCAGUGCGGUACAGCGAAAUGCCAGCAAGCCAAAGGUAAAGAUUGCAUCACCUGCACUAACCACCCUCUCAAAACAGGAUGCACCAACAACACUUGUGGUGUUCAAGUAUUCAACCCCAUAAGUAAGUUCUUUGUGAGUGGAGACAUAGGUGAGGAUUUCUUGUCAUCUGUGUAUAAAAUAGUAGACAAUGCAAGUGAAAUUUCCAUUUCCAAGGCGAGGGUGCCUAGCUUCCUUUCUUCAUGUGUGUACCCGAACAAGUUUGGAGUUCAGGGAUUUCUCCAAGGCCUAGCCAAAGGUAAGAAAGGGGUUUUAGGCCUUGCAAGAACUGCUAUCUCCUUGCCAAAACAACUAGCAAGUAAAUAUAAUCUUCCCCUUAAGUUUGCACUUUGUUUACCUUCACAAAAGAAUGGACAUGGAGAUCUUUUUGUUGGUGGGGGUCCUAUGCCUCCUCAUCGUGAUGGUGAUGAUGAUCCUCCCAAAUUCCUUGACUACACCCCACUCAUUAUCAACAACUACAGCACAGGGCCAAUCUUUGAUGGCGAUGCUUCCACCGAGUACUUCAUUGAUGUGAAGUCAAUUCAAAUUGAUGGUGAAGUUGUCAACUUUGAUACCUCUCUGCUCUCUAUCAACAACAAAGGAAAUGGGGGCACCAAGCUUAGCACUGUAAUUCCUCACACCAAGUUACACACUUUGAUAUACAAACCACUAGUGGAGCAUUUUGUCAAACAGGCUGUGGGCAGAAAAAUGAAGAGUGUGCCAGCAGUGGAACCAUUUGGCGCGUGCUUCGAUUCGAAAACCGUUGGCAACACCAACACUGGACCAGAUGUGCCUAAAAUUGAUCUGGACCUGAAUGGAGGAGUUCAGUGGAGUAUCUAUGGUGGAAAUUCAAUGGUUAAGGUUGGGAAAAAUAAGUUGUGUCUUGGAUUUGUGGAUGGAGGAAACAUAAGAACUUCAAUUGUUCUUGGUGGGCAUCAGUUGGAGGAUAAUUUUUUGGAGUUUGAUUUGGUGGAUUCAAAGCUUGGUUUUAGCAACUCCCUUCUAGUCCAUAAUGUAAGCUGUUCCCAUAACAGGUUCCCUUAAGAUUUCACUCUUCACUCAUUCAUAAAAGCUUGACUUUGUGAUGACUUAUAAAAAUUGAAAGCUUAGCUACAAUGUCAACUAUAAUUGCAUGGAAUAAAAGUGCUCAUUUGAGUCUCA